AUGCCGGGUCAACGCCCCCUUCUAUUGAAUCGAGCCUCGUCGGACAUCUCUGGCGACCGCGACAUAGCUGAAGAAGACGCCCUUCUCACUGGUCGCCCAACUCAGCGCACCGCCUCUGGGCCGCGAUCAUGGAAGUUCUGGCGCGAAGUCGGGCUCUUCGUCUGGGCCGUGAUAGCCACGACGCUUGUCAUCUUCCUCGCAGUCUUGUACCAGUCGUCUCAAGAUGCGAAGCACCACAGGCCGCACCCAACCGGGAAGAGGAACUUGAUAUUCAUGGUCUCUGACGGCAUGGGUCCAACGAGUCUCAGCCUGACGAGGAGUUUCAUGCAGUUCCAGAACGGCGCGCCCUUUGGCGAACAGUUGGUUAUCGACCAGCACCUCAUCGGACAAUCGCGGACGCGCUCUUCCUCAUCCCUCAUCACCGACUCGGCAGCUGGCGCAACGGCCUUCUCCUGCGCGAAGAAGAGCUACAACGGCGCCAUCUCCGUCACACCCGAUCAUGAGCCCUGUGGCACGGUGCUCGAAGCGGCCAAGAAGGCGGGCUACCUGACGGGCUUGGUUGUUACGACACGCAUCACGGACGCUACUCCAGCAUGCUUUGCAGCGCAUGUCAAUAUGCGCCAGGAAGAAGAUCGCAUUGCGGAGCAGAUGGUGGGUGAUUUUCCGCUGGGAAGGGUGGUGGAUUUGAUGUUGGGUGGCGGACGGUGCCAUUUCCUUCCCAACUCGACCGUCGAGUCGUCGUGUCGAGCGGAUGGUAGGGAUAUCGUUGAGCUAGCGAAGAAGAAUGGAUUCAACUACAUUGAUGAUCGCGCGGGCUUUGAUAAACUGAAAGGCGGUGCUGGAGUUGAACUUCCUCUGCUGGGUCUAUUCGCCGACACGGACAUUCCGUAUGAGAUCGACCGCCGCAAUGAGAACGACGUCUAUCCCAGUCUCCACGAGAUGGCUGAGACUGCUAUGAAGGCCCUCAGCGAGGCGACGAGGGACAGCGACAAGGGCUUCUUUCUCAUGAUUGAGGGUUCCCGUAUCGACCAUGCAGGCCACCACAACGAUCCCGCUGCUCAAGUGCACGAAGUCCUUGCUUAUGACAAGACAUUUACCAGUGUACUCAACUUUUUAAAAAACGACAAGACGGAAGCGGUCAUGGUAUCUACAUCUGACCACGAGACCGGUGGUCUUGCUACUGCUCGUCAACUUCACACCACGUACCCCGAAUACGCAUGGUACCCCUCUCCCCUCGCAAACGCCACCCACUCCGCCGAACAUCUCGCUCUCCAGUACGCGAAAUAUCUCAUCUCCUCGCCUUCGGACGAACAGAAGGCCAAUUUCAUCCGCGACUCCAUCAGGGACGGCUUUGGCAUCUACGACUACACCGAUGCCGAAGUCAAGAACCUUGUCGACGAGCCGCUGACAGCAUUAUACCAAUACGCUGACAUGAUCUCGCGGAGGAGUCAAACAGGCUGGAGCACCCACGGUCACAGUGCAGCAGACGUCAACAUCUACUCCUCCGACCCUAAAGCGGCAACGGCACUCGUAGGCAACCACGAGAACACUGAAGUCGGCGACUUUCUACGCGAGUACCUGGGCGUCGACGUCGAUGCCGUGACCGAGGAACUGCGGCAAAAGGGCGCGGGACUCACCGUCUCGGACGUCAAUGGCACGCAGGUGAGCUGGAUGGGCAAUAUUCCCGUAGAAGGGCAGCGCCUAGAUGGGCAGAAUCAUGUCGCGAGCUACGGCGGCGACUUUAAGAAGAGACAUUUACAGCAUGGAAGCGCAUGUGACUGUGGGAACUGA